AUGACAGCUCAGAUGAGAGUGAAUAGACAGUGUGGGAAGGAUCAAUUUGUGAUUUCUCACGAACAUUUGAUCGAUUUCUCUCGAACCAAGGCGGAUAUGAGUUGGUGGAGUCAUUAUACUUACGAGGAACUUGAAUAUCUAUUCAACCCGAAAGACCUGCACUAUGAUGAGUUGGUGUGGGAGAUUAUCGAGAUUCGACCGGAUUCUGUUGAACUUACGUACCUGUUGUGUAGUCUGUCGUUUGGUUUGGCAGUAAACUCAAUUUCCGGAGAGCUCCGGGAUGUAGUGGAAGAACUACAGGAGACCUUGGCCAAUGAUUUACACAAUUAUUAUACUAAACGGAAUAAAACAUCGUAUACACUGAGGUUACGCCAGUUAAUGAAGAUUUAUGAGAAAUUUGUUAAGUUGAGAAAUAUUCGAUCGGAAAAAUACCACAACUGCUCGAUUCUCGAUGUUUUCAAACUGUAUAUUUCGAGUGAGGAGUUUUUCAAAGUAACAUGCUAA